UCUCCGCUCCGCCAUAUUUGUUGAAGCCGCUUACAACUUGUCUAUUUUUUUCUCGUCGUGUCUGUGUGUGCUCAAAUAUUUGUUGUGGAAAUUAAGCGAUUUUCGUGUGGUUAAAUAGUGUAAAAGUUGCAUUUAGCAGCAAGCAUGGCAUCGGAGGAAGAGAAUGACGAUAAUUUUCAGGAGGAAGAAGAGGUACAGGAGGAGAAUGCACCAGUGGCGGAGCUCUCCAACGACUCCGAUGCGCCACUGAAGCCGACCGUGAGUAUUAAUGACGAGGACGAUGACUACGAUCCUGAGGACAGUCGCAAGAAGAAGAAGGGCAAGAAGCGAAAGACCCGAAAGGGCGAGGAGAAGGGGCGCAAGAAGAAGAAGCGCAAGAAGAACGAGAGCGAGGAGGACAGCGACUUUGUGCAGCACGAUGAGGAGGUGGAAUACGCGAGCACCUCGAAGCGCGGACGCAAACGCAAGGAGGAGAAACAGGCGGCAAUUGCCAAGGAGAAGGAGAAGGAAUCGGCUGCAUCAGGCAUGCCGUCCGUGGAGGAUGUCUGCUCGGCCUUCGGAGUGUGUGACGUGGAGAUCGAAUACAAUGAUGAUGAGCUGCAGACCCUGACCACCUACAAGGCGUUCAUGCAGCACGUGCGCCCGAUACUGCAGAAGGAGAACCCAAAGGUGGCCGCCACCAAGCUGAUGAUGCUGGUGGGGGCCAAGUGGCGGGACUUUUGCGAGAGCAAUCCCCAUAUCCUGCAGGAGGCUACGGCUGCAGCAGGAGGCGGCCAGGUACCGCGCAGUGUAGCCGAAGACGAGCCGGAGGAGCCGCGUUCCUCGCGCUCAUCGCGCAAUGAGAAGCCGGACGACAUCUACGACGAGGCCGCCGAAGAAGAGGAAGAAGAAGAGGAGGAGGAAAAGAAACCGCGCCGCAAGCGCAGCGGCCGUGGCAAGAAGGGCCGGCGACCCUCCGGAAAAGUUCCAACAUUGAAGAUUAAGUUUGGCAAGCGCAAGCGGGACAGCUCUGACGACGAGCAGGACGCAAGCGGUGCUUCCGAACGCGACUCGGAUCUGGAGUUUGAGCGCAUGCUGCAAAAGUCCGAUGACAGUGCCGACGAGAAGGAGACACCGCCAGCCACCGCGUCCGCUAAGCUCGCCGAGGCGGCGCCCGGGCCAGCAACCGAACAAGAUGACGGCACUCCAGUGGUGCGCAAGAAGGCCAAGACCAAGAUCGGCAACAAGUUCAAGAAGAAGAACAAGCUCAAGAAGACGAAGAACUUCCCCGAGGGCGAGGACGGGGAGCAUGAGCAUCAGGACUACUGUGAGGUGUGCCAGCAGGGCGGCGAGAUCAUUCUCUGUGACACCUGUCCGCGGGCGUAUCAUCUGGUCUGCCUGGAACCAGAGCUGGACGAGCCGCCAGAGGGCAAGUGGUCGUGUCCGCAUUGCGAGGCCGAUGGCGGCGCCGCCGAGGAGGAGGACGACGACGAGCAUCAGGAGUUCUGUCGCGUGUGCAAGGAUGGGGGCGAGCUACUGUGCUGCGACUCGUGCCCCUCGGCGUAUCACACGUUCUGCCUGAAUCCUGCCCUGGACACCAUACCAGACGGUGACUGGCGCUGCCCGCGCUGCAGUUGUCCCCCGCUAACCGGCAAGGCCGAGAAGAUAAUCACCUGGCGCUGGGCCGUGCAGCGUUCGGCCAACGAUGACCAGCCCUCGACAUCGCGGGGCACCACCUCAUCGUCGAAGGGCUCGGCCGCGGCAGCGGGCACUAGAGUGCGCGAAUAUUUCAUCAAGUGGCACAACAUGUCCUACUGGCACUGCGAAUGGGUGGCCGAGGUGCAGCUGGAUGUGCACCAUCCGCUGAUGAUCAGAUCGUUUCAGCGCAAAUACGACAUGGAGGAGCCGCCCAAGUUCGAGGAGUCACUGGACGAGGCCGACACGCGCUUCAAGCGCAUCCAGCGGCACAAGGACAAGGUUGGCAUGAAGGCCGACGAUGACGAUGAGGAGCAGCUGGAGGAGCGCUUCUACAAGAACGGCGUCAAGCCCGAGUGGCUGAUUGUCCAGCGCGUGAUCAACCAUCGCACAGCACGCGACGGCAGCACCAUGUAUCUGGUGAAGUGGCGCGAGCUGCCCUACGACAAGUCCACGUGGGAAGAGGAGGGCGAUGACAUCCAGGGACUGCGGCAGGCCAUCGACUACUACCAGGAUCUGCGGGCCGUUUGCACAUCGGAGAACACGCGUUCCAGCAGCAAGAAGAGCAAGAAGGGUCGCAAGUCCAAGAAGAUGGAGCUUGACGACGAGGAUCGUCCUGUGAAGCACUACACACCGCCACCGGAGAAGCCCACCACGGAUCUGAAGAAGAAGUACGAGGGCCAGCCGGCGUUCCUCGAUGAGACCGGAAUGCAGCUGCAUCCCUACCAGAUCGAGGGCAUCAACUGGCUGCGCUACAGCUGGGGCCAAGCCAUCGACACCAUUCUGGCCGACGAGAUGGGUCUCGGCAAGACCAUCCAGACUGUGACCUUUCUCUACUCGCUGUACAAGGAGGGCCACUGCCGCGGCCCGUUUCUGGUGGCCGUACCGCUGUCCACGCUCGUCAAUUGGGAGCGCGAAUUCGAGCUGUGGGCCCCCGAUUUCUACUGCAUCACGUACAUCGGGGACAAGGACUCGCGGGCGGUGAUACGCGAGAACGAGCUGAGCUUCGAGGAGGGGGCCAUCCGGGGCAGCAAGGUCUCCCGCCUGCGCACCACCCAAUACAAGUUCAACGUGCUGCUGACCAGCUACGAGCUGAUCUCCAUGGAUGCCGCCUGCCUGGGCAGCAUCGACUGGGCCGUCCUUGUGGUGGAUGAGGCCCAUCGCCUCAAGAGCAACCAGAGCAAGUUCUUCCGCAUCCUGAACAGCUAUUCGAUCGCCUACAAGCUGCUGCUGACCGGCACACCGCUGCAGAACAAUCUCGAGGAGCUGUUCCAUCUGCUGAACUUCCUCUCGCGCGACAAGUUCAACGACCUGCAGGCCUUCCAGGGCGAGUUCGCCGACGUCUCCAAGGAGGAGCAGGUGAAGCGACUGCACGAGAUGCUCGGCCCCCACAUGCUGCGUCGCCUCAAGACGGAUGUGCUCAAGAACAUGCCAUCCAAAUCGGAGUUCAUCGUGCGCGUGGAGCUCUCGGCGAUGCAGAAGAAAUUCUAUAAAUUUAUUCUGACCAAAAACUACGAGGCCCUCAACUCAAAGACCGGUGGUGGCUCCUGUUCGCUCAUCAACAUCAUGAUGGACCUGAAGAAGUGCUGCAACCAUCCGUAUCUGUUUCCCUCCGCGGCCGAGGAGGCAACCACCGCAGCGGGCGGACUCUAUGAAAUAAAUUCGCUGACUAAAGCCGCCGGGAAGCUGGUGCUGUUGUCGAAGAUGCUGCGGCAGCUGAAAUCGCAGAACCAUCGAGUGCUGAUCUUCUCGCAGAUGACCAAAAUGCUGGACAUACUCGAGGACUUUCUCGAGGGCGAGCAGUACAAGUACGAGCGGAUUGAUGGCGGCAUCACGGGCACAGUGCGCCAGGAGGCCAUCGACAGGUUCAAUGCGCCCGGUGCCCAGCAGUUUGUGUUUCUGCUGAGCACCCGAGCGGGCGGACUGGGCAUCAACUUGGCCACCGCCGACACGGUCAUCAUUUACGACUCGGACUGGAAUCCCCACAAUGACAUACAGGCCUUUUCGCGCGCCCAUCGCAUCGGGCAGGCCAACAAGGUGAUGAUUUAUCGCUUUGUCACGCGAAACUCCGUGGAGGAGCGCGUCACGCAGGUUGCCAAGCGAAAGAUGAUGCUCACGCAUCUGGUGGUGCGACCCGGGAUGGGUGGCAAGGGGGCAAACUUUACCAAGCAGGAGCUCGACGAUAUCCUGCGCUUCGGCACAGAGGAUCUCUUCAAGGAGGACGACAAGGAGGAGGCCAUUCACUACGACGACAAGGCGGUGGCCGAGCUGCUCGACCGCACCAAUCGCGGCAUCGAGGAGAAGGAGUCGUGGGCCAACGAGUACCUCUCCUCGUUCAAGGUGGCCUCCUACGCCACCAAGGAGGAGGAGGAAGAGGAGGAGACAGAGAUCAUCAAGCAGGAUGCCGAGAACUCGGACCCCGCCUACUGGGUCAAGCUGCUGCGACACCACUACGAGCAACACCAGGAGGAUGUCGGCCGUAGCCUGGGCAAGGGCAAGCGCGUCCGCAAGCAGGUCAACUACACGGACGGCGGCGUUGUGGCGGCCGAUACCAAUCGGGACGACUCCAACUGGCAGGACAAUGGCAGCGAGUACAAUUCGGAGUACUCGGGCGGCUCCGACGAGGACGGCGGCGACGAUGACUUUGACGAACAGAACGGCGGCGAGCGUCGGGGCAAACGCCGCGUGGACAGACGCGACGAUCGACCCCUGCCGCCGCUGCUGGCUCGUGUCGGUGGCAGUAUUGAGGUUCUCGGCUUUAAUGCCCGCCAGCGGAAGAGCUUCCUCAAUGCCAUCAUGCGGUAUGGCAUGCCGCCCCAGGAUGCCUUCAAUUCGCAGUGGCUGGUCAGGGACCUGCGCGGCAAAUCGGAGCGCAAUUUCAAGGCCUACGUCUCGCUGUUCAUGCGCCAUUUGUGCGAGCCGGGCGCCGACAAUGCGGAGACCUUUGCCGAUGGCGUUCCACGCGAGGGUCUCUCCCGCCAGCAUGUGCUCACCCGGAUCGGUGUGAUGUCGCUGAUCCGCAAGAAGGUGCAGGAAUUCGAGCACAUCAAUGGCUACUACAGCAUGCCGGAGAUCAUCCUGAAGCCAUGCGAGCCGGUUCAGGCGGCUCUGGGUGCCAAGCUGGAGAUACCAGCGGCUCUUGAGGCGCCACCUGGAAAGCCUGUCGCGGGCCCCGUCACGGAGGUGGACAAAAGUGCAACGACCAGCAACAGUGUGACGCCUGCAACCAGUGCGGCGCCCAGUCCAGCUCCUGCCUCGGAAAAGGGCGAGGACAAGGAUAAAGAAGCGGAGAAGAAAAAAGAAAAGGAGAAGGAAAAGGACGCUGGGACACCCGAGAAGAGCGAUGUGAAGCUGGAGCAAGAGGCUGACGAGGACAAGAAGCCUUCCGAUGUCAAACAGGAGCAGCAGCAGGCGGAAUCAGAAUCGUCUGCCGAGGUCAAACCGAGUGUGGCGGCAGUGGCGGCGGAGGUGAAGGCCGAAGCACCCAAGACCGAACCCAAAGAAGAGGCCAAGGAGACGGCAGAGCUCAAGGCGGAACCCAAGACCGAAGAGGACGACAAAGAAAAGGACAAGGAGAAGGAACAGGAAAAGGAGAAAAUGGAUGAUAAGAAGCCGCCCAUCCCCACAACGAUCAUUGAUGACGACGAUGACGAUGUGAUGAUUGUGAAGGAAGAUGGCGAACUGGAGAAGCCCAGUGGGGCCAGCGGCAGUGCCAGUGCCAGUGCCAGUGCUAGCGCGGAUCAGAAGUCGGCCACAGCUGCCGCCGGAGCAGCAGCGGCUAGCAAGCUGGUGGAGGAUCUCGAGGUGCUCAAGCGCACAUUCAUGUUCAAUAUCGCCGACGGUGGCUUCACCGAGCUGCACACCCUCUGGCUGAACGAAGAGAAGGCCGCCGUGCCCGGCAGGGAGUACGAGAUCUGGCACCGUCGCCACGACUACUGGCUGCUGGCCGGAAUCGUGACCCAUGGCUAUGGACGCUGGCAGGACAUCCAGAACGACAUACGCUUCGCCAUCAUCAAUGAGCCGUUCAAGAUGGACGUGGGCAAGGGCAAUUUCCUGGAGAUCAAGAACAAGUUUCUGGCCAGACGCUUUAAGCUGCUGGAGCAGGCCCUUGUCAUUGAGGAGCAGCUGCGACGUGCGGCAUUCCUUAAUCUCGCCCAGGACCCCAGCCACCCGGCCAUGUCGCUGAAUGCACGCUUCGCGGAGGUCGAGUGUCUGGCCGAGUCGCAUCAGCAUCUCAGCAAGGAGUCGCUGGCCGGCAAUAAGCCCGCUAAUGCCGUGCUGCACAAGGUGCUCAACCAGCUGGAGGAACUGCUCUCCGACAUGAAGAGUGAUGUCUCCCGCCUGCCGGCCACACUGGCCCGCAUCCCUCCCGUGGCCCAGCGCCUACAAAUGUCCGAGCGAUCGAUUCUCUCUCGCCUGGCGGCCACCGCCGGCACCUCCUCCAAUGCAGCUCAAUUGAUGGGCCAGUUCCCCGGUGGAUUCCAGGGCACAACGCUGCCUGCAUUCACUGGCGGUCCUGCAGGGAACUUUGCCAACUUCCGGCCGCAAUUCUCGGUCCCCGGACAGCUAUCAAAUACUUCUGGCUCCUAGGCAACUCUCUUCCACCUCCAAAUCUAUGCUAGGCUUAUUCGUAUUCCACAACAAAAUAUACUUUACUCAAUCUAAGAAUUUAAAUUUGAAAACCGAAUGACACACACACACAAGAACUCAUAAAUAUUUAUCAUAAUCAUUUGCAAUGAAAAACAAAAACAAGAAACCACCCUAUAACGAUAAUCUCGUCGCGUUCACACAAAUAUUACAACUUCUACAUAUUUGACACUUGACGAAUACCGGCGUUCAUGCCGUUGAUUCUGCUCUUGCUUCACACACGGAACGAAACGGAAUGGAUACCAAUUCACAUACGACAAGUAUAAUAAUGCUUAUUUACUUACAUAUUUACUAUGUGAUUACACCAUAAUCUAGAUACAAUAUAUAAAUGUAUUGAAUUCCAUUGCAAAGAACAACGAUUGAAUUUG